AUGUCGUUCCCUGUUCCGGUAUCUGCAAGAAACUGUACCAUGCUUUGGAGAUCGAGAGGAAGACGUAUGUUUUCUCUGCGACCUCUCAGCAUGAUCGGCAAAAAGGAUACAUCUAUUCUAGAGUCGCAACGCGCGAAGAGGCCUAUAUCCCCCCAUUUGACUAUUUACGAGCCUGAAAUAUCUUGGUACCUCUCCUCGUUGCACAGAAUUACAGGUAUAUUUUUGGGCACGGGUUUCUUCGUACUCACAAUAUCUGUCGGUAUCGGGAGCUUAUUCGGCGGAGAGGAUUGCAGAUCUACGGCUGUGGUCCGCAUUACUGAAUGGUACCGUCACAACGUGAAUGCGAAAUUGGAUUACGGGAUGCGGGCUGUCACGGCCUAUUUCUUCGCCUUCCAUGGUUGGAAUGGUGUGAGACACCUUGUUUGGGAUAUGGGCAAAGAACUGAGUAACUGCGGGGUUUACAGAACAGGAGUUGGUGUUUUAGUGCUAAGUGUACUUACAGGAGCAUACUCACUUUCCCGUACCUAA